CCAAACCCUAAAACACUCCCACUUCGCCACUUAAACUCUCUCUCUCUAACAAUCUAAAGCCGAUAUCCACUAAAAAAAUGAUUGCAACAAAGAACGUGACCGUACUCGAAUCCAUCGGUCACAGUGACUUCAAGAAAACCGACCGUCAAAUGGUCGUGGACAGCUCCAAAACCGGCGUGAAGGGUCUAAUAGACGCCGGUUUAACCAAACUUCCCGGAAUAUUCGUCCACGAGGAUUCAGAAUCCGAACAAUUACGCAAACCCUCGAACCCUAAUAUCGCUGUGAACAUUCCGGUGAUCGAUCUAGAGGGAAUUUCGAGUUCGAAAUCCAACUUUAGAAGCGAUCAGACGAAAAGCAAAGUGGUUGAUGAGAUGAGGAAGGCUUGCGAGAAGUGGGGGUUCUUCCAAGUCAUCAACCACGGGAUCCCUAAGAACGUUCUCGACGGGAUGAUCCGAGGGAUUCGUAGGUUCAACGAGGAGGCAGAGUCCGAGAAAGAGGCGUUUUUCUCGCGAGACCCGUCGAGAAAAGUUGCCUUUCACAACAAGGUUGACUUUCGCGAAGGCAGGGCUUAUUGGAGAGACACUUUGAGAUGUGUCAUGGCUCCAAACCCUCCUUCCCCCGAAGAGUUGCCUUUGGCUUGCAGGGAAAUAAUCAUGGAAUACACGAAAAAUGUGAGGAACCUUGGGACCAUUCUCUUCGAACUGAUGUCGGAAGCGUUAGGGCUGGAACCGAACCAUCUGAAGGACAUAGGAUGUCUCGAGGACUUUUACAUGAUGGGACACUACUACCCUCCUUGCCCUGAACCCGAACGUGCGAUGGGAACCGGAACUCACACGGACAGUGGCUUCCUCACUGUUCUCCUCCAAGACCAGAUCGGCGGCCUCCAAGUCCUCCAUGACGACUAUUGGAUCGACGUUAAACCCAUCCCUGAUGCUCUUAUUAUCAAUCUCGGAGAUUUUCUGCAGCUGAUCUCGAACGACAAGUUCAUAAGCGUGUACCAUCGGGUUCUGACAAAGAAAGCUGGUCCGAGGAUAUCGGUUGCGAGCUUUUUCGGGUCAUUCGUGAAGAACGAAACUCGCCCUCGGGUUUAUGGACCGAUCAAGGAGCUUCUGUCCGAAGAAAACCCUCCAAAGUAUCGGGAAACAAACGUGGCUGAUUACUUCAAUUUCAAGCAUGCCAAAGGAGUUGAAGGGACCAGUGCCCUUGCCCAUUUUGCACUCUGAGUUCCUAGGAACGGCCCUUCUCCAGUAGCUGCAGCAGUAACGGGAGGCCUUUUUCUGCAGUAUAUGUCUGUAUGGUUGAUUAUUCUACGAGCUAGAAGAUACUGUUCUUUAAUUCAAAUUUGUGAGUUGUUGUUAUGAGUCUCUUUAUAUAUAUAUAUAUGUUAGUCUUGGGGUUUGAUCGUGGAAGAGAAAUAAGUGAGCUUUUGUAUGGAGUGCGUGUAACAUAAGUGAAAUAAUUGAAUGUCCGAUGUCCCUUUAUCCA